AUGGAAGUGCCAUUUCCUGCCAGGAGGAUGGCAGUGAAUCUGGUGGGCUAUGCGGAUGCUUGUGGCAGCAAGUUGGCCAAGACGAACAUCAGUCCUCCGCGUCCGGUUUCGCAAGGUCCAGUUCGAACUCCCAGAGCUCGCGGGUCUCAGAGGAGCCAGUCCCGCCCAUCGCGCAGAAAGCCGCACGUGGACAUAACCUUCGAUCCGGAGACUUACUCGGAAGGCUCCAAGCUGCAUGGCAUGGAGGACGACUUGGGUGUGCCAAAGUGUCAGCCUUGUGCCUGGUUUCACAAGCCCUUUGGCUGCUACCACGGCACGGCGUGCGUGCGCUGCCACCUCUGCCCACCUGGGGAGUCGAAGUUCCGGAAGAAGCAGAAGAUCGCGCGCCUGCGGCAGGAGGAGGACAAGGCCAUGGCAGCCAAGGCCCUUGAGGCCGCCACCUGGUACGGACCUUCGGAUCCUUCGGAUCCUUCGGAUCCUUCGGCCUACUCUCCCGCCUUUGUGGGUACCGGCAUACCUCCCUUCGACUGCCAGGACUACCCAUCUUACGAGUCUUACGACUUCGACCUCCCUGUCCACCUGAUGUACUCCGAGCAUCCGGGCAUGCCCUUCAGAACUGAGACUGCGAACCUUGGGACCUCAAGCUUGGCAACAGCAGCAGGAGCAGCAGGAGCAGAGGAGCAAGUCUGGCAUUGUCAAGGGUGGUUGCAGAUCUAG